AUGAACCUCCUCUUUCUCUCCCUGCUGCCCCUGGUGGCGUCGCAGUCCCUCAGCGACCUCUAUGUCAACGACGCACCGUCUUCGCCCCGGCCGUACAUCAUUCCCCACUAUGCCGACUCGCACGCCGUCACCGUCGGCCAGCAGCUGUAUCGCUUCACGGUCACCGGGCCCUCGUCCGACUAUGCUUUCACUCUGAUGAGCACCAACGCCCCGUCCAGCGGCAGCCUGGGCGUACUUCCCCAUAUCCACAAGAAGCACUAUGAGAAUUUCUUCAACUUCAAGGGCCGCUUCCAGCUGUGGGCGCAGAAGGAGGACGGAGAGCAGCACGGCCGGCUGUUGACGCAGGGAGACUACGGGUCGGUCCCCAGGAACACCACGCAUACGUUCCAGAUCCUGGACCCCGACACCGAGAUGGUGGGCGUCGUCGUGCCGGGCGGAUUCGAAGACCUCUUCUACGCGCUCGGCCAGAACUUCUCCUCCAAGACCAACACCCCCUACGUUCCUCAGGCCAGCAAUGGCUCAACCGGCUCCGGCGGCGUGUCCGGCCUGGAGAAAUUCGACGUGUACGCCGAACUCGACUUCGAACCGCGUCGCGACUUCGCCAACGGCUCUGCCCCCUCGGACGCGGGCUGGCACACGGAGUCGGACUCCCUCGGCGAGCCCGGAAACCCCUACUUCGUCGCCAACAACUACGGCCCGAAGUACCUCAACUCGCAGCACGGCGCGUACCAGAUCGUGCAGCCGCUGGUCACCAACUCCGAGUCGCAGGAUACCAACUUCACAAUGUCCACGCUGAUCGUGAGCCGACAGACGGCGUCGGCGAAGGCCCCGACGUGGAACGCGGCCGGCGCGGCGGCGUUCGAAGUGCUGGAGGGAUCCCUGACGAUCCAGAUCGGAGACUACCCCGAGGCCCGGCUGCAGACGGGCGAUGUGGCCUUUAUCCCCGGACACGUCUCCUACCGGUACUGGAACGAGAAUGCAUAUGCGAAGGCGCUGUAUGUCAGCAGCGGGCGUGAGGGAGUCGAUCAGCGACUGAUCCACGGAGGCAAGAGCUGGUCCUAUCCCACUUUUCCGCGGUACUAA